AUGUCCCUACAGGUACAACGACGAGACGAACUGGACUCUAUGCAUGCUGUGCUGGGGUCUGCCUAUAUUGGCACAGUCUUCGCAUCCAUUCUAUAUGGAUUCAACACUAUGCAGGCCUUCAAUUACUUCCAAAACAGUAGUGCGGAUUCGAAGGUCUUGAUGAGUCUGCUCAUCCUCUUAAUUGUCCUUGAUACAUUACAUCUGGCGUUGAUCGUGGACAUAGUCUACACCUACACCAUUACCAGUGUCAUCGAUUCCGAGGUCUUCGUACGGCCACCCUGGAGCAUUAUAGCACAUAUUAUCGUGUCUAGCCUAAGCGAUGCGAUUGUGAGAAGCUUAUAUUGUUGGCGGAUAUGGAUGUUCAGCAACAGGAAUCGACUUAUGGCCGCUUCUGUUUUAUUGAGCACCGUUGCCGAAUUAGACGCAUCGCAGCUGCUUGUUGGGGUACGUUUCUGCGCAAACGUUUUGCUAUAUUCGAUUGAAAUAUUCAUAUGGCCUCCCAGCGUUCUCAAUAUGGGGGUUGAUGACGCAGAACUUCUUAUUCGAAGUCACCACAGUGUCGCUCUCUGCGCGAGCGUCAUGGCGGACGCCCUCAUUGCUGCAUACAUGUGCUACCUUCUAGCCCGGAGUCGCACCGGAUUUGCCAACAUCGAUUCCGUAAUCCGUGUACUAAUGCUGUACAGCAUUAACACGGGGCUGCUAACAAGUCUGGCUGCGGUUGCAGCCCUGCUCUUAUUCGUUCUGUACCCGGGCACCGACUUCCACAAGUUCAUGUUCGUUGGCAUAUUUUUCGUGCUUCCGAAACUCCUGCUCACGUCGUUGCUAGUAAGCCUGAACGCACGCGCAUCUCUGAAACAGAGUGUACAGCCCAGUGUAUUGUUCUCGACGAUGUCAGCUCUCUCUGUAAGAUCAGUUCUCAACAGAUCAAGCCGGGUCUGGCGGAGUCAAACAACGAUGCCGGCCUCUGCGUGGCCAAAUUCGAAUCCGUUGACCACCGCAACGUCAGCUGAGCCUAUCACAAUACCAGUGGAUCAGCUGAUGGAGGAGGACCCACGAGCCUCAAAGUUGGAACCUUACAACAGCGUGGACUAA